AUGCAUCUCGAUGUUUCACAAUACAUAAGAGGUUGUGUUCUAUGCAACACAUCGAAGCCUUCCAACAGAAAGUUAGGACUGUAUCUUCCAUUGCCAGUACCUAGCCGACCUUGGGAUAGUAUCUCGAUGGAUUUCUUAGGUGGAUUGCCUAACACCAAGUCUAGAAAUGACUACUUGUUUGUGGUGGUAGAUCGUUUCAAUAAGAUGGUGAUUCUCAUUCCAUGCAAGAAGACCGUUACUGGAGAAGGAGCUGCUAAGUUAUUUUUCCAACAUAGACAGUCAAUUCUUAGGCCAUUUCUAGAGGUCAUUAUGGGGAAUGAUGGUACCGGAUUGAAAAGAAGCACUGCAUUUCAUCCACAGACAAAUGGGCAAACGAAGGUUGUAAAUCGAACUAUGGUACACUUGUUGGGGGGUUACAAUUCCAAGCAUCCGAAGACUUGGGAUGAAAGUCUCCCUUACUUACAGUUUGCUUUUCACCGAGCAAUUCAUGGCUCCACACUCAUAUCUCCAUUUGAGGAGUGGCUAACCGGUGAAGGCAAGAAACUGAAACCUAUUUGUUAUGGACCGUUCAAGAUCAUCAAACAAAUUGGUGAUAAUGUCUUUCAACUCGAAUUACCACCAUACAUGCAUAUGUACUCGGUCAUCAAUGUCGAGAAUCUUAAAAUUUUUGAGCCAUCUUUACUUGAUGAUGAUCCCAACGAAGACACAUGUCUUCUAUCAAUUGAUGACUUGCGAAUUGAACGAGAAGACCCUUUGUAA